AUGAAAUUAUCAUUUACUUUUCUUUUUGCCAUCUUGGCAUUCCUGGGUGCUGCUCAUUACAGUUUGGCUGCUUCUGUUACCCUACCCUAUGAUAUAGUUCAUAAAGAUCUUUUGGAAAAACAAAAAAAUGAAACUACAUUGAUUCAAGAAAUACCCGAUGAAUUGGAUAAUGAAAUUAAAGAUGAUGAUGAUGAGGAUUUAUUGGAUGACGAUGAAUUCUUGGAUGAUGAUGACGAUUUUGAAUUCUAUGAUGAUCUUGAAGAUGGUGAUAUUGUAUUUUUUGAUGAACCUUUAGAUGAUGAUGACAAUACUGAAUUGAUUGAUGAUGAUUAUAUCAAUGAAUUGAUGGAAGCUGAAAAUGAUGAUGAUGAUGAGGAAAACGCCAAUGAAUUGGAAGAAAUUGAUGCUCGUGCUCGUCGUGGUAGACGUAGGGGGCGCAAGGGUCGUAGAGGACGCAAGGGUCGCAAAGGACGCAAGGGACGUAAGGGACGUAAGAGUCGCAAGGGACGUAAGGGUCGCAAAGGACGUAAGGGACGCAAGGGCCGCAAAGGACGUAAGGGUCGUCGGGGAAACAGACGUCGCAAUCGUUCCGGUUAA